AUGUCGUCGCGGCGUGACUAUGACGACUCGCGUUCAGACUCGGGCUCGAUGUCCGGCUCCAACUCGGACGGGUCGUCGAACCGCUCGCGCGGCGAAGACGACGACUCGGAGCGGGCGAUCAAGUGGCUGCAGCGGUACGUGCUUGCAGAGCUUGGCGUGAAGAAGGACAAGUGGAAGAAGAUGAUGCUCAUCUCCGAGUGCCGCUACGCGGUUCACAACUUUGUGGAGGAACCGUCGCUGCGGUGGAUCCUGUUCUACGUCUCGGGCCCCGAGCUCUUUGCGGCGGUCAAGUACCCGUCGCAGCUGAGCAAGAAGGCGUUGUACCUCAUCAAGGAAGAUGACGCGCCCGAGGUACUCUCGCCGGAAACGAUGGGCGAGUACAUUACGUCGGGUGACCUCGCGACGGCGCCGCUCGACCAGCUCUCGCUGCUUGUGGACGAGGUCUACACGCCGCUGCUCAAGAACCGGCGGAACCACGCCGGGUGGCCCGACGUGGUGGAGGACGACAUCAUCCGCCACUUCCACAAACUCGCGGGGGCCGUGUAUGUCAUCGGUGGGCAGACCAAGGGCAAGACGCUGCUCCCGCUCCCGCCCGAGGCCGACGCCACCGACGCCACCUCGCAGGACAAGUCGCUCGUCCACCAGAUCGAGUCUGCGGUCAUUGAGUGGACCCACCAGGUCCGCGCAGUUGUCAAGUCGUCCAACGACGAGCUUCUCAAGCGGGCGUACACCAACUUGCAGUCUGCGCUGCAGUCCUCGUUCUCACCGGCGCUCUCAAUCGGGCCCAACGGUGAGCUUCGAGUCAACGGCGUCGACGCCACCGACCCCACUGCUCAGCUUGCCGCGCUCUCGAAGGCUGGCGCCGCCGCGCUCACCUCCGAGUCGUCGGGCUCCGACUCUGCACCCAACGGUGGCGGCGCCGGCUCGGACGCCGGUGACGCCGUCUCGGCCACCUCGGAGAUUGCGUUCCCAGGGCCUGGCGCCGAGCUCGACUUCUGGGAGGCCAAAGCCGCUAACCUGCAGUGCAUCCACGACCAGCUCUACGAUGAGAAGAUGCGCAAGAUUGGGCGGGUCCUCGACAUCUCGCGCUCGUCAUACUACCCGGCCUUCCAGGCCAUCUACGCCGAAGUCGACACUGCGCUCACCGAGGCGUACGACAUCCACAAGUGCAUCGCCCCGCUCCGCGAGUACGUCGAGGGCAUGGAGAACCUGUCGGCGUACGUCGACCUCGCUGGCGUCUUCAAGCCCAUGAUCCACGUACUCUCGCUCGUCUGGGCCGAGUCGGCGUACUACUCGGUCCCGCACCUCAUUGUGCUCAUUCAGGAGAUGUGCAACGAUGUCAUCGAGCACACCCGCGAGUUCAUCGGCGCCGACCGGUUGUUCUCGAUCGAGACCCAUGACGCCGUCGAGUCGCUCGAGGUCGCCCUCGAGGUCCUUGCCCAGUUCAAGGCCACAUUCUUCCACUACAAGUCGCAGAUCAACGCCGCCAAUCCGGAGCGCGCGUGGCGGUUUGACGACAUCACCGUCUUUAAGCGCCUCGACCAGUUUGUGGCCCGCCUCAAGGACCUCCUUGACCUCAUGCAGACCAUCCUCGAGUUCAACAAGCUCGAAAAGGUCGAGGUUGGUGGCUCCAAGGGCGAAGUCCUCACCGCCACCGUGGUCGAGAUCUUCAAGGAGUUUGAAGAGUCGGUCCUAGUCUUUGCCGGCAUCGAGUACGACGUCCUCGACGUGUACGACAUGCGCUACGCCUCACAGGCCGCGGCCUUCCGCGUCAAGAUCCAGGACCUCGAGCGCCGCAUCUCCACCGUCAUCUCGGAAGGUUUUGACGACGCCGUCACCGUCGCCGCCUCGUUCAAGCUCCUUGACUCGUUCCACGGCAUGCUCCAUCGCGACGCCAUCCGGUCCGACUUUGAUCGCAAGUACGUCGAGCUAGUCGACAUGUACGCCCGCGACCUCGACGAGGUCCACGGGCUCUUUGUCCGUGAGCGCGACAACCCGCCGCUCCACACCAACCUCCCGCCGGUCGCCGGCGCCGUCUUUUGGGCCCGCAACCUCUCCAAGCGCAUUGCCCAGCCGCACGCCAAGCUCCUCAAGCUCAACUCGGACGUCCUCGAGCUCCCGCAGGGCCUCGACGUCCUCGCCAAGUACGACACGCUCUCGGCCGAGCUCGCCAACUACGAAGCCGAAAAGCACGUCCUCUGGGUCGCCUCGGUCGACCUCAAGGCCUCGGAGAAGCUCAACAACUCGCUCAUCGCACGCGACGCAGACACCAAGAAGCUCGAGGUCAACUUUGCGCCCGCGCUCGUCACCCUCCUCCGCGAAGUCAAGUACCUCCAGUACCUCGGGCUCGAAAUCCCGCCGGCCGGUGCCCAGCUCUACGCCGAGUCGGAGCAGUUCCGCGCACACAUUGCCGGCCUCAACAUCAUUGUCGACACGUACAACAAGAUCAUCUCGACUCUCCUGCCCGUCGAGGUUCCGCUCGUCGAGGAGCGGCUUACCAAGAUCGACCGCGAGCUCGAGCAGGGCAUCCACCACCUCAAUUGGCGCUCAACCUCGAUCGGUGAGUUCAUCACCUCGGUCUCUGCCCUCGUUGCCGACGUCGACGCCAUCCUCACCACCCUCAAGGACAACGUCGAGGAGCUCGAGUACAUCAUGCUCCACUGGUCGAACCGCCCGCUCAUCUCGCGCAAGGACUCACGCAAGUACCUCGACAUGGACGACUGCCGCGAGAAGAUCAUGGCCCGCUCGCUCGAGAUCGAGCUGCAGGGCGGCAAGAUCCACUCGCUCAUCAAGGAGUCGCGUGCCACCGUUGGCCUGCCUGCAGACGCCCAGCCGUGGAUUGACUACGUCGCCUACGUCAACGGCAUCAUCAAGAAGGGCUUCCACGACACCGUCAAGACCUCGCUCGAGUUCCUCGCCUCGAACAUGAACGACGACUACCUCCGCCGCAACGAGCUUCCGCCACUCUUCGAGGCCCGCCUCGAACUCCGCGAGCCCGAGGUGGUGUAUGACCCGCCGCUGCUCGCCUCGUCUGAGGCCGACCUCAAGCAGAUCUUCAUCGAGCUCAUGGCCGCCUUUACUAAGAUCGGCAAGCUUGUCAAGCGCAUCGACUCCAAGCCGGGCUCGAAGAAGGAGAACUACUUCCGCUUCCUCAACGAGGACCCGGUCCUCCGCCAGCUCCGCAACGAGAUCAUCGACAACAUCAACGUCACGAUCCAGGACUGCCUCCACUUUAAGAACGAGUUCAUGGCGUACUCGGACCUGUGGAUCAACGACCGCAACGACUACAUGGAGUCGUUCCUCCUCUACGGCAAGGAGCUUGAGCUCGGCGAGGACGAGCUCCUCGAGCACGCUGAAGUCGAGGAGAACGCGCCCACCCUCGAUGACUUUGCCCACCAGAUCGACCAGCAGACCAAGUACCUCGAGUCGGUCAUGGACAUCCAGGACUCGGCCACCUUCCACUGGCUCCGCAUCAACAUCAAGCCGUUCAAGACCUCGCUCUCCAACGUCAUCCGCAAGUGGCGUCUCAUGUUCACCGACUACCUCUACAACGACGUCGUUGGCUCGCUCACCUCGCUUGCCGACUUUAUCGACACCACCCGUGCCGGCCUCCUCCGCGACGUCAAGGAGGGCGACUACGCCGCCCUCGUCGAGACCAUGGGCGUUCUCCGCGACGUCCGCUCGCGCAUCGACGCCACAGACUCGAUGUUCAAGCCGCUCCACGACAAGAUCACCAUGCUCAAGGAGUACAACAUCGAGAUGCCCGGCUCGGUCGUCGACCAACUCAACGACCUCCCGCAAGAGUGGACAAACCUCAAGCGCUCCAUGUAUGCCGUCCGCGACAAGCUCACCCCGCUGCAGCAAAUCGAGGUCGCCAAGAUCAAGAAGCGCCGCGAGGCCUUUAUGCGCGAGGUCGCCGCCUUCCGGGUCUCCUUUGAGCGGACCGCGCCCGUCGCUUGGGCCCUCGACCAGCUCGAGGCGUACACCACCAUCGACGCCACGUUUUCCAAGCUCCACGAGCUCGAGCUUGCUGCCGCCGACCUCGCCGACCAGGAGGAGCUCUUUGAGCUCACCGUCACCACCUACAAGGAGCUGCCGGAGACCCGCAAGGAGCUGCUCCACUUUAAGGCCCUCUGGGACAUGAUCUCGCUCGUCCGCUACCAGUUUGAGGAGUGGCGCUCCACUCUUUGGACUCACAUCGAUACCGAGCAGAUGGACGCCGACUGCAAGUCGUUCCUCAAGCAGAUUCGCUCGCUCCCGCGCGAGACAAAGCGCUGGGACGCCCGCGCCGGCCUCGACGUCUACCUCAAGAACCUUCUCAAGUCGCUCCGCUCCAUCUCGGACCUCCGCUCCGACGCCCUCCGCCAGCGCCACUGGGACGAGCUCAUGCGCGAGACUGGCGUCCGCAUCGACAUCUCGGGUGAGGUCUACCUCAAGGACCUCCUCGCCCUCGAGCUGCACAAGUACGAAGAAGUCGUCUCCAACAUUGUCGACUCGGCCCAGAAGGAGCUGCGCAUGGAGAGCGCACUUGCUGACAUUGCCGAGACCUGGCGGACCAUGGAGUUCUCGUACGAGGCCCACACCGAUGGCACUCCGCUCCUCAAGCCCGACGACGACCUCAUCGAGACGCUCGAGGAGAACAUGGUCAAGCUGCAGAACAUGCUCUCGUCCAAGUCGGUUGCCUACUUUCUCGACAAGAUCGAGACGUGGCAGUCCAAGCUCUCCAACGUCGACACCGUCCUCCACCUUUGGCUUGAGGUCCAGCGGACUUGGCUUCACAUGGAGUCGAUCUUUAUCGGCUCCGAGGACAUCCGCGAGCAGCUCCCGGCAGACUCGAAGCGCUUUGACCGCAUCGACGCAGACUGGAAGACGCUCAUGGCGUCGGCAGAGGGUGUGACCAACGUCAUCGAAGUCACCGCCGCCCCGGGCCGGGCUGCCAAGCUCACCAAGCUCGAGGAGGCUCUCGAGGUCUGCGCCAAGGCCCUCGAGCAGUACCUCGAGACCAAGCGCCUCGCCUUUCCGCGCUUUUACUUUAUCUCGGUCAACGACCUGCUCGACAUCCUCUCCAAGGGCAACGACCCGGCGGCCAUCAUGAUCCACAUUCCCAAGCUCUUUGACAACAUCAAGUACCUCGACUUUGCCGUCGACGAAGAGACAGGCGAGCCUUCCAAGACCGCUAUCGCCAUGCACUCGGCAGAGGGCGAGGUCGUCAAGCUCAACGUUCCCUGCGAAUGCUCCGGCCAAGUCGAGGUCUGGCUCAACCGCCUCAUCGACUCGAUGCGCACUUCCCUCCGCAACAUCCUCGCCGAGGCCUACGUCGCGUACGAGGAGAACCCGCGCGUCGACUGGCUUCUCGAGUACCCGGCUCAGAUUGCGCUUGCCGGCUCGCAGAUCUGGUUUGCCCAGGAAGUCGACCAGGCUUUUGAACGCCUCGUCGACGGCUACGAGGCCUCGCUCAAGGACUACCUCAAGAAGGUCCUCGCGCAGCUCCACGAGCUCAUCCAAAUGCUACAGGGCGACAUGGGCAAGCUCGACCGGAAGAAGAUCAUGACCAUCUGCACGUACGACACCCACUCGCGCGACGUUCUUCGCAACCUCAUUGCAGACAAGAAGGUCGAGAACCGCAUGGCCUUUGGCUGGCAGUCGCAGCUCCGCCUCCGCUGGGACGACGACAAGGCCGACUGCUUCCUCUCCAUCUGCGAUGCCGAGUUCCAGUACCAGUACGAGUACCUCGGCAACCAGACCCGCCUCGUCAUCACCCCGCUCACUGACCGUUGCUACAUCACCCUCACCCAGUCGCUCCGCCUCGUCAUGGGUGGCUCACCGGCAGGGCCCGCCGGUACCGGUAAGACCGAGACGACCAAAGACCUUGGUCGCGUCAUGGGCAUCCGCGUCCUCGUCCAGAACUGCUCGCCGCAGCAGACGUACCUCGACCUGGCCAACAUCUUCAAGGGCCUCGCCCAGUCGGGCAUGUGGGGCUGCUUUGAUGAAUUCAACCGUAUCUCCAUCGAAGUGCUCUCGGUCGUCUCCACCCAGGUCAAGUCCAUUCUCGACGCCAUUCGCGCCCGCAAGUCGCGCUUCCUCUUUAUGGGCGACGAGAUUUCACUCAACAAGAACGUCGGCAUGUUCAUCACUAUGAAUCCCGGCUACGCCGGUCGUACCGAGCUGCCCGACAACCUCAAGUCGCUCUUCCGCCCGGUCUCCAUGGUCGUGCCCGACCUCGACCGCAUUUGCGAGAUCAUGCUCAUUGCCGAAGGCUUCGAGAACGCCCAGGACCUGGCCCUCAAGUUCACCACGCUCUACGCCCUCACCUCGGAGCUCCUCUCCAAGCAGGACCACUACGACUGGGGCCUCCGCGCCAUCAAAUCGGUCCUCGUCGUUGCAGGUCCGCUCAAGCGUGCCGAGCCGCACCUCUCCGAAGAGGCCAUUCUCAUGCGUGCGCUCCGUGACUUUAACCUGCCCAAGAUUGUGUCGGAGGACGUCUCGGUCUUUAUGAACCUCAUCAACGACCUCUUCCCCGACAUUGCCCUCGACCGCAAGGUCGACGCCGUCUUUGAGGACACCAUCACGCAGGUCCUCGUCGAGUCAGGCCUCCAGCCCGAGCCCAUCUUUGUGCUCAAGGUUGUCCAGCUCGCCGAAAUCCUCAACGUCCGUCACUCGGUCUUCAUCAUCGGGCCUUCUGGCUCGGGCAAGUCGCAGGUGUGGAAGACGCUUGCCAAGACCCAGACCCGGAUGGGCUCCAAGACACUUGUCCGCGAUAUCUCGCCCAAGUCGGUCUCCACCAACGAGCUCUACGGUUUCUCAAACCCGGUCACCAAGGAGUACACCGACGGACUCCUCUCCAAGAUCAUGCGCGAUCUCAAGGACAUGCCCGACUCGAACCCCAAGUGGAUUGUGCUUGACGGCGACAUCGACCCCGACUGGAUCGAGUCGCUCAACACGGUCAUGGACGACAACAAGGUCCUCACACUGCCGUCCAACGAGCGUAUCGACCUCCUUGCCCACAUGCGGCUCAUCUUUGAGGUCGGCGGCCUCAAGCACGCCACCCCGGCCACGGUCUCACGUGCCGGCAUCCUCUUCCUCAACGAGUCGGACCUCGGCUGGGGCCCGUUCCACCUCUCGUGGAUCAACGCGCGCUCCAACGUCGGUGAGACCUCGAACCUCACCGUGCUCUUUGACAAGUACGUGGCCAACAUCCUCGAGUUUAUCAACAAGAACCUCGCCCACGUCAUUCCGCUCUCCAACUUUGCCAUGGUUCAGUCGCUCUGCAACUUGCUCGACGGCCUUCUCACUCCGGCCAACGUCCCGCCGGGCUCGGACAAGGAGCUCUACGAGUACUACUUUUGCUUUGCCUGCGUCUGGGCCUUUGGUGGUGCCUUUGUCAACGAGGGCUCGACUCGCGCCGUCAAGUUCCCCUCGGCCGGCACCGUCUACGACUACUACGUCGACUCGUCCGGCCGCUGGGCGCCAUGGACCGAUCUCGUUCCGGCCUACGAGCACGACCUCGACGCCAUUGUCUCGCGCUCGUUUGUGCCGACCGCUGAGACCGAGCGCCUCCGCUACUUCCUCAACGUCCUCGUCUCGGUCGGCAAGCCGGCCAUGCUGGUCGGUGGCGCAGGCUGCGGUAAGACCAUGCUCCUCAAGGACGUCAUCUCGGCGCUGGACGACACCGAGUACAUGUCGGUUGGCAUCAACCUCAACUACUACACCACCUCGGCCAUGCUGCAGUCGAUCAUGGACGCGCCGCUCGAGCGCAAGAUGCGCCGCGACUUUGGCCCGCCCGGCAUGAAAAAGCUCAUCUACUUUGUCGACGACUUCAACAUGCCCAUGCUCGACACCUACGAUACUCAGACCCCGCUCACCCUCAUCCGGCAGCACAUCGACUUUGGCCACUGGUACGACCGCGAAAAGUGGGAGCUCCGCAACGUGCUCCGCUGCCAGUACCUCGCCGCCAUGAACCCGUCGACCGGUACCUUUACCAUUGACCCGCGCCUCCAGCGGCACUUUACCACCCUCGCCGUCGAGUUCCCCUCCAAGGACGCCCUCUCGCACAUCUACACCUCCAUCCUGAACGCUCACCUGGCCGAGUUCCGCGGUGGUGUGGCCAAGAUGGCGCCGUCGCUGGUCGAGGCUGCAUACCAGCUCCACACCCUCGUUGCCAACACCUUCCUUCCCACCGCCAUCAAGUUCCACUACCAGUUCAACCUCCGCGACCUCGCGUCCAUCGUCCAGGGCCUCCUCGAGUCGCAGCGCGGCAUCAUCAAGGAGCCUGUCGAGAUGGUUCGCCUCCUCGCCCACGAGUGCCGCCGCAACUAUGCCGACGUUCUGACCACCAUGGACGAGAUCUCCCGGUUCGAGACCUUCCUCGCCGACAUGGUCCGCAAGAAUUUUUCCUCGGAGUUCCGCAUCAAGGACGAGGACGUGCUCCUCGAGCCGCUCCUCUUUGCACACUUUGCGCAGGGCGUCGGUGACAACACCUACGCCCGCGUCCCCUCGUUCGACUCGCUCCACGCCAUCCUCACCGAGGCCCUCGAGCAGUACAACGAGCUCAACGCGGAGAUGGACCUCGUGCUCUUCCAGGACGCCAUGGAGCACGUCUGCCGCAUCUCGCGCAUCAUCAUGAAUGGCGAGGGCAACGCCCUGCUCGUCGGCGUCGGUGGCUCGGGCAAGCAGUCGCUCUCGCGCCUAGCCGCGUCCAUCAACUCGUUCGAGGUCUUCCAGAUCCAGGUCAAGGCCAACUACGGUGUGCCCGAGCUCAAGACUGACCUCAUGGCCCUGUACAACAAGGCCGGCCUCCGUGGCGACGACGUGGUCUUCCUCCUCACCGACACUCAGAUCGUCAACGAGGCCUUCCUCAUCUACGUCAACGACCUGCUCUCUUCCGGUGACAUCCCCGACCUCUUUGCGCCCGAGGACAAGGACAACAUCGUGGCCUCCAUCCGGACCGAGGUCAAGCAGGCCGGCAUUAUGGACACCCGUGACAACUGCUGGGCCUACUUUAUCUCCAAGGUCCAGCGCCACCUCCACGUUGUCCUCUGCUUCUCGCCGGUCGGCGAAGCCUUCCGCUCGCGCUACCGCAAGUUCCCGGCCCUCGUCAACAACUGCUCCAUCGACUGGUUCCACCCCUGGCCGCAUGAGGCUCUCGUCUCGGUCGCCUCGUACUUCCUCAAGGACACCGACCUCGCGUCCGACGACAUCAAGAACUCUGUUGUUCUCUUUAUGGCCGAGUGCCACCGCUCUGUCGAGGCCGCAUCGACCACGUUCAAGGAAGUCUACCGCCGCCACAACUACACCACGCCCAAGUCGUUCCUUGAGCUCAUCAAGCUGUACAAGAUCAAGCUCGAGGAGCGUCGCGACCAUAUCAUCCAGGAGCGCAACCGCCUCACCUCGGGUCUCGACCGCCUCGAGUCGGCCGCCGACCAGGUUGCCCAGCUCCACGAGCGUCUCGCCCUUGAAAAGGCCGAGCUCGAGGAGCGCUCCAAGGUCACACAGGACCUUGUCGAGCAACUCGCUGCUGAUACCGAAAAGGUCAACGCCGAGCGCGAGGCCGCUGAGGAAGAGGAGCGCAAGACGGAUCUCGUCGCCCAGGAGGUCGCCAAGCGCCAGGCUGCGUGUGACGAGGACCUCAAGCUCGCCGAGCCGGCCCUCAUCAAGGCCAUGGAGGCGCUUGACACCUUUGACCGUGACGACAUUGUCUUUGUCCGCUCGCUCCCAGCACCGCCCAAGGCCGUCGUCAAGGUCCUCGCCGCGGUCAUGGUCCUCAUGUCGCCGCCGGGCCGCCUCCGGCGCGACGUCUCGUGGGCCUCGGCCAAGAAGACCAUGAAGGACGUGAACCGGUUCAUGGAGUCGCUCAAGGAGUUUGACAAGGACAACAUUCCUCCCGAGAACCUCCGCGAGCUCGAGCGCAAGUACCUCAAUGAUCCCGAGUUCAACUUUGACUCGAUGGUGUCCAAGUCCAAGGCCGCCGCCGGUCUCUGCGACUUUGUCAUCAACAUUGUCGAGUACCACCGCAUUUACGUCGUGGUCCAGCCGAAGCGCGAUGCUCUCGCCGAGGCCACCCAGCAGCUCGAGGUGGCCCAGGCCAAGCUCGACUCGGUCAAGAAGCGCGUCGGUGCCCUCAAGCGCAACCUCGAGGAGCUGACCGCCAAGUUUGAGCGCGCCAACGCAGACAAGAUGGCCAUGGAGGCCCAGGCUGAGCAGACCGCGCUCACCAUCCAGCUCGCUGAUCGCCUCGUUGCAGGCCUCGCCGGCGAGAAGGUCCGCUGGUCGCAGGAGGUCGACAGCCUGCGCGUCCAGGAGUCGACCCUCGUGGGCGACGUCCUCGCGGCGGCUGCCUUUAUCUCGUACAUUGGCCCGUUCAACCGUCCGCUCCGUGAGGACCUUGUCCAGGUCCAGUGGCUCCCGUGGCUCCUCGAGCACAAGGUCCCGCUCUCAGACAACUACGACCCGCUCGACAUUCUCACUUCGGACGCCCAGAUUGCGCAGUGGAACAACGAGGGUCUCCCCACCGACCGCGUCUCGCUCGAGAAUGCCGCCAUCUGCGCCAACUGUGAGCGCUGGCCGCUCAUCGUCGACCCGCAGAACCAGGCUGUGGUCUGGCUCCGCGCCCGCGCCGGCUUUGAGGACAUGAUCUCGCUGCAGAUGACCAAGGACGGGUACCUCUCCUCGGUUGUCGACGCGCUCUCCGACGGCGGUGCCGUCCUCCUCGAGGACGUCCGCGAGGAGAUCGAUCCCAUGCUCGGCCCGGUCAUGGGCCGCAACGUCUUCCGCCGCGGCAACGAGGAGGUCAUCAUUGUGGGUGGCCAGGAGCGCUCGUUCUCGCGCAACUUUAAGAUGUUCAUGGUGACCAAAAUGGGCAACCCGCACUUCCGGCCCGAGGUCCAGGCCCAGACCACGCUCAUCAACUUUACCGUGACCGAGGACGGCCUCGAGGACCAGCUCCUCGCGACCGUUGUCAAGAACGAGCGGCCCGACCUUGAGGCUGAGCGCUCUGAGCUCAUCCGCCAGCAGAACGAGUUUGAGAUCAAGCUCAAGGAGCUCGAGUCGUCGCUCCUGCAAAAGCUGCAGGAGGCUGAAGGCGACUUCCUCUCGGACACCGCCCUCGUCGAGAACUUGGAGACAACCAAGGCGCUUGCUGACGACAUCAACGCCAAGAAGAAGCAGGCCAUUGAGACGCGCAUUGCACUCAACAAGAUCCGUGACAACUACCGCCCGGUGGCGUCGCGCGGCUCGCUCCUCUACUUCCUGCUCAAUGACCUUGCCGAGGUCGACCACAUGUACCAGUACUCGCUUGACGCCUUUGCGCUUGUCUUUGAGCGGGCCAUGGGCGGCGCCGAGGAGUCUGAGGACGUGGCCGAGCGCGUGCGCUCGCUUACCAACUCGAUCACCUUUGCCGUCUUCUCGUACGCCGCUCGUGGUCUCUUUGAGCGUCACAAGCUCAUCUUUGCUUCGCUCCUCUGCUUCCGCAUCCUCCGCUCGCUUGACGAGGUCGACGCCGCUGAGCUCGAGUUCCUCGUCCGCGGCAAGGACGCCGGCGAGGUCUCGUCGCCGCUCGAGUGGUGCUCGUCGGCCGCCUGGUCGAUGGUUGUCGAGCUCUCCAAGCUUCCGGCCUUCAAGCGGCUCGCCGACGACAUCGAGGGUUCGUCGGCUCGCUGGCGCAAGUGGUGCGAGGAGCCAUACCCGGAGGACGUGCCCAUGCCGCAGGACUGGAAGCACCGCCAGAACGUGCAGAAGCUCUGCAUCAUCCGCUGCCUCCGCCCGGACCGCCUCAUUGCCGCCCUCAUUCAGUUCAUCACCGAGUCGCCGCAUCUCGGCGUCCAGUACGUCGACUACAAGCAUGAGCCGAUCUGGAAGACGUUUGAAGAGACGUCGCCGUCGACGCCGCUGUUCUUCAUCCUCUCGCCGGGUGUCGACCCGCUCAAGGACCUCGAGGCCCUUGGCCGGCGGCGCGGCUUCACCCUCGACAACGGCAAGCUCGUCUCGAUCUCGCUCGGCCAGGGCCAGGACGGCAUCGCGCUCGCUGCGCUCGACAAGGCCUACACCGAGGGCACGUGGGUCAUGCUCGGCAACAUUCACCUCAUGAUCUCGUGGCUCCCCACGCUUGAAAAGAAGAUGGCUCAGCUCCGCGGCGGCGCCCAUCCGGACUUCCGGCUCUUCCUCUCGGCCGAGCCGUCAAGCCAGGCCCAGUCCCAGAUUCCAGUGGCCAUUCUUCAGCAGUGCAUCAAGGUGACCAACGAGCCGCCGCGUGGCAUCCGCGCCUCGAUGCUCCGCGCGCUCGACAACUUUGACCAGGACGCGCUGGAGCGGUCGUCCAAGGAAACCGAGUACCACGCCAUCCUCUUCUCCAUGUGCUUCUUCCACGCGCAAGUUCUCGAGCGCCGCAAGUUUGGCCCGCAGGGCUGGAACAUCCCGUACCCGUUCAACACCGGCGACCUCACCAUCUCCAUGGACGUGCUCAUCAACUACCUCGAGAUCAACACCCGUGUCCCGUGGGAGGAUCUGAAGUACAUCUUUGGCGAGAUCAUGUACGGUGGCCACAUCUCCGACGACUGGGACCGCCGCCUCUGCAUGACCUACCUCGAGGGCUUCCUCAAGGACGAGCUUCUCAACGACGAGAUCGAGCUCGCCGACGGCUUCCCCUCCCGCCGCACGGCUCGCUUGCCUCUUACCGCGAUCGCCGUCCAUACCGGCUUCCUCACCCAGCAGGCCGCCACCCUCUUCCGCACCAUUCUCUCGCUUCAGCCGCAGAUCGGCGGCGGCGCCGUGGCCGAGACCAAGGAGGAGCGCGUGCUGACCGUCAUGACCGAGAUCCUCGACUCGAUCAACGAUGAUACCCUGUUCAACAUGACCGAGCUCUACCUCGAGGCCGAGGACAAGAUGGCCGACCCCUACGUUGUCGUCGCCCUCCAGGAGGCCGACCGCAUGAACAUGCUCGUGUCGGAGAUCCUCCGCUCACUCCGCGAGCUCGACCUCGGCCUCCGCGGCGACCUCAUGAUGUCGCCGGCCAUGGAGCGCCUCCUCCUCGAGCUCUACACCAACAAGGUGCCCGAGUCCUGGGCCGCCCGCGCCUACCCGUCGCUCAAGGGCCUCUCGGCCUGGUUCGUCGACCUCAAGAAGCGCAUCCGCCAGCUCCAAAAGUGGCUGCAGACCUUCCGCAUGCCCACAGUCAUCAACCUGGCCUACUUCUUCAAUCCGCAGUCGUUCCUCACUGCCGUCAUGCAGGCCACCGCCCGCAAGAACUCGCUCCCGCUCGACUCGAUGCGCCUCGUCACCGACGUCACCAAGCGCAAGCCGUCCGACAUCUCCACCUCACGUCUCGAGGGCGCCUACAUCACUGGCCUCAACCUCGAGGGCGCCCGCUGGGACACCCCGACCUCGCAGCUUGUCGAGGCCGACUCGCGCUCGCUUGUCUGCGACAUGCCCGUUGUCUACGUCCGUGCCGUCACCCAGGACAAGUUCAACACCCAGGGCAUGUACGAGUGCCCGGUGUACAAAACCCGUCGCCGCGGUGGUGAGGCCGGCGGCUUUGUCUGGGCCUUCUUCCUCCGCACAAAGGCUCCGCCCUCGACCUGGAUUAAGGCCGGUGCCGCCAUCCUGCUCUCUGCCGAGUAG